AGCUAAAUUUGGGAGAGAGGUGAUCAGGUUCCAGGUCUGUGCACAUGAUACCGUCCUACUUACUUGAGCGAUGCCCCUUCUCACACCAACACACUCUCUCAACGAGUCCAGACAGGCUCAGCGAACCUCUUUUUCAGCCGUCAGAACUUAAUUUAGUCUGAUCAUCUGAAGUGAUUCAUUUUUUUUAUCAGGCUUUCCUUUUUGGAGUUUAGUGUCUCUUGACUGGACUGAAUAUUUGGGUCUGGUGCUGUGGAGCUCCAGUCCUGUGUGUUGCUUUACCCUCACCCGACUUGUAACACCCGUAAUACAGUGCUUGGUGGGAGGAAGACACUGCUGACCCACGAUGUUCCUCGCAUUAGUGGUGACGCCAGAGCUGAGGGAGUUUCUGGCCAGAGCGAGAGGUGGAGCACUCCGCCUCCUCAAGGUGUGCAUCCGAGAUGAGCAGCUGGUGCUCGGGGCUUGCAGAGAGCCGGAAAAGAGCUGGGACCAGGACUAUGAUCACUUCCUGCUAUCUCUCCUGGACGACCAGGAGCCCUGCUACAUCCUGUACCGCCUCGACUCCCAGAAUGCACAGGGCUACGAGUGGAUUUUCAUAUCGUGGUCUCCUGAUCAGUCUCCAGUAAAACAGAAGAUGUUGUAUGCUGCCACCCGUGCCACAGUAAAAAAAGAGUUUGGCGGUGGCCAUGUGAAGUAUGAGAUGUUUGGCACAACCGAGGAGGACAUCUGUUUGCUGGGAUACCAGCGCCAUGUGUCAUCCUGCUCAGGUCCUGCCCCGCUCACACUUGCCGAGCAGGAGCUGCAGAGGAUUAAAAUCACCGAGAGUCGGGUUAAACAGGUGAAGACAGAGAUCAGUGUGGAGAGUAAGCACCAGACACUUCAGGGACUAGCUUUCCCUCUGCAGGAGAGUGCCAAAAGAGCCCUGCAGCAACUUGCCCAAAAACGCAUCAACUACAUACAACUGAGGUUGGAUGUAGAGAAGGAGACAAUCGAGCUGGUCCACUCCAACCCAACAGAAACUCGUGAUUUGCCCUGCAGAGUUCCCAAAGACACUCCCAGAUAUCACUUCUUCCUUUACAAGCACUCCCACGAAGGAGACUACCUGGAAUCUGUUGUGUUCAUAUACUCCAUGCCAGGAUACAGCUGCAGCAUUAAGGAGCGGAUGUUGUAUUCCAGCUGCAAGAGUCGACUACUGGAGGAAGUAGAGAAAGAUUACCAUUUGGAAGUUGCUAAAAAGUUGGAGAUCGAUGAUGGAGACGAACUGACAGAGGACUUUCUGUAUGACGAGGUCCAUCCUAAGCAGCAUGCUCACAAACAGGCUUUCGCUAAGCCCCGCGGCCCAGCAGGAAAAAGGGGACACAAGCGCCUCAUUAAGGGGACAGGAGCGACCCUACAGAACAGCUAGAGGCGGACUCAUUGCUCCCCAUAGUUUAGUCUGCAGCCCUUCUCAUUUCUCCAGACCCUCUAACACCCACAGGCCCAGAGGAAUGAGCACAGUGAUGGAUUUCCUCUGCUGCUUGUGUACUGAAACACUUGUGCUUUAUAAAUAUGAUUAUAAUAUAAUGGUAAAAUGUCUGUGUCUGCCACAGACAUAUCAAGUCUUAUAAAGACAAACUAUACAUAACAUGUGUAAUAAGAAAACAAACAAAAAACAAUCAGGCUAAACACUUACAGAUCAGCUUGUUGUUGUAUAGCUAAUCUGUCUGGUUCUUUCAUACGUCAAAAAUAGAUUUCUGCCUUUAACAACAGACAAAUUAAUUUAUAAUUGAGAUUUCAGUCAGUUGUUCCAGUCCUUAUGUCUGGUCUUCAGUACAAGUUUUGUAUCAGCAAUGUUUGUAUGAGAAUAUGAAAGGAAAUUCCAAAUAAAUGUUGUUUAUACUGUGA